AGAAAAAACACCAAAAAUAUAAAAGAAAUUUGAAAAAAGAAGUAGGCAGGCAUACGCAUUAGUCAUUAGACUCAUUACGCACACGCUUGGCGCAAUCCAGUAAUCCAAAUCACCGCCUCGCUUGCCUUCCCUUUUCUUUGCCGUAAUUUUCUUUUUAUCAUAUUUUAGGAUCUGAUUCCGAUUAGGGAUUGGGUUUGGACAGUGAAGCUCAUUCUGAUGCUACUCUGUCACUUGGAAGCGUGGAGCUCGACGCACAGACCGACACCCUCUCUCUCUCUCUCUCUCUCUCUCUCUCGCGCUCUCGCGCGCGCGCUCUAGAUAUAUAUAUAUAUAUAUAUAUUGUGUGAGUGCGUGAGUGAGUGAGUGCUAUGAGUGGCGGCAAACAAUCACUGCCAUCUUCCCCGAUGUGCCCCUUACGAAGAUGUCUCUUCUGUCUCGCUUUUUUAACUUUGAUCUCCUUCACCUGUUUCUCCCUCAAAUCCCCCUAUUUCCCUCCCUUUCUAGCCUACUCCUCCGCCUCCUCCUCCUCCAUCCCUCGGGCUCAGGUUUCUUCUGAGAAGCUGGGGGGAGCAGAACCUUCGUUGGAGGAGAAGCCGGAGGCGGAGGAGAGACUUUCGGAUAUAUACCACUCGCCGCAAGUGUUCGGAUUAAACUACGCCGAAAUGGAGACGAAAUUCAAGGUCUAUAUAUACUCGGAUGGCGAUCCCAACACUUUCUACCAUACCCCCAGAAAGCUUACCGGCAAGUAUGCUAGCGAGGGAUAUUUCUUCCAGAAUAUUAGAGAGAGCGGCUUUCUCACUGACGAUCCCGACCAAGCCCACCUCUUCUUCAUCCCAAUCUCCUGCCACAAGAUGCGUGGUAAGGGUACGAGUUAUGAAAAUAUGACCAUCAUUGUUCAGAAUUAUGUGGAGAGCUUAAUUGCCAAGUAUCCAUACUGGAAUAGAACCUUAGGUGCGGAUCACUUCUUUGUCACUUGUCAUGAUGUGGGUGUUAGGGCAACUGAAGGACUUCCUCUUCUUGUAAAGAAUUCAAUUAGGGUUGUGUGCUCUCCGAGCUAUGAUGUUGGGUUCAUUCCACACAAAGAUGUUGCCCUCCCUCAAGUAUUACAGCCAUUUGCUCUUCCAGCUGGUGGAAACGAUGUCAAGAACAGGACAACCCUUGGUUUUUGGGCUGGUCAUCGGAACUCUAAAAUUAGAGUUAUACUGGCACAAGUAUGGGAAAAUGAUACAGACCUAUACAUACUGAACAACAGAAUUAACAGGGCAAUUGGAAAUCUAUUAUAUCAAAAGAAAUUUUAUGGCACUAAAUUCUGCAUAUGCCCUGGUGGUUCCCAAGUCAACAGUGCUCGUAUAGCUGAUUCCAUCCAUUAUGGAUGUAUUCCUGUAAUAUUAUCGAAUUAUUAUGAUCUCCCAUUCAAUGAUGUUCUUGAUUGGAAAAAAUUUGCCGUCAUACUUAAGGAGAAUGAUGUCUAUCAACUUAAACAAAUUUUAAAGGACAUACCUUACCAACAGUUUCUUGCACUACACAGAAACUUAGUCAAGGUCCAGAAACACUUUCAAUGGAAUUCACCUCCCAUCAAGUAUGAUGCAUUCCAUAUGGUGAUGUAUGAUCUUUGGUUGCGCCACCAUGUUAUCAAAUAUUAGUUUUGUACAAUUUCAAUUGGAUUAUUUUUUUUUUUAUUUUCUUGGGUAUACUUUUAUGGGCUAGCAAGUAGCUAACCAGUCUUGUAAAUCUUCAAAUAUGGUGCUCUCAUCUCCAUGAUCUUUAACACACAGGAAAUUAAAGCUGUAAGGUUCCUGGGUCCUAAAAGAUCAUGAUUGGUUUUAUUCUUGGUUGGGAAGUUCUUUACAUGAAUUUUUUUGCUUUAUAAAGAAGAUUUUUUUUUC